GGGGCAUUGUGUCGGCGAGAGCGGAGCCGCAUUUGUCUGCCUGAGGUGUUCGUUGAACGUGCUUUGGGGUGGCCGGCUGGGGUCUGGAAGUGUCAGCUGCGGCCGCGGCCCCGGCGGGAGAUCGAGUAGGAGGGAGCACGCGCCCGCUGACCGCGAUCGCUGGCAGGGGGCGGUGUGCUAGCGGAGCAACAUGCACAUAGGCGCCCGGCGCCCUGACGACCCCUCCUGUGGAAAAGAGGCCGGGGCCGCGCUGGGGCGGCGGAGAGCAUGAGGGAGGCCGGGGGGCGGCUGGGCUUGGAGCGCUGCUAGGAGAGGCGUGCGCUGCACAGUCUCCGGGGCGCGGCGGAGGGCGGGGAGCAAGGCAGGUCCGCCAGCGGGCGAGAGUCGACCGCCGGGAGCUGUUGUGAUUUCCGACACGGGAGCGAGGGGCCCGGAGCAACCCCUGACUCCAACGCGCAGCCGACAUGGGCAACGCAGGGAGCAUGGAUUCUCAGCAGACCGAUUUCAGAGCGCACAACGUGCCUUUGAAGCUGCCGAUGCCCGAGCCAGGUGAACUGGAGGAGCGAUUUGCCAUCGUGCUGAAUGCUAUGAACCUACCUCCUGACAAAGCCAGGUUACUGCGUCAAUAUGACAAUGAGAAAAAAUGGGAACUGAUUUGUGACCAGGAACGAUUCCAGGUGAAGAAUCCUCCCCAUACAUACAUUCAAAAGCUCAAAGGCUAUCUGGAUCCAGCUGUAACCAGGAAGAAAUUCAGAAGGCGUGUACAAGAAUCUACGCAAGUGCUAAGAGAACUGGAAAUCUCUUUAAGAACUAACCACAUUGGAUGGGUCAGAGAGUUUUUGAAUGAAGAAAACAAAGGCCUUGAUGUCCUGGUAGAAUAUCUAUCAUUUGCACAGUAUGCAGUAACUUUUGACUUCGAAAGUGUGGAAAGUACAGUGGAAAGUUCAGUGGACAAAUCCAAGCCCUGGAGUAGGUCCAUCGAGGACCUGCACAGAGGGAGCAACCUGCCAUCACCCGUGGGCAACAGUGUAUCCCGUUCUGGAAGACACUCGGCACUGCGAUAUAAUACUUUGCCCAGCAGAAGAACUCUGAAGAAUUCAAGAUUAGUGAGUAAGAAAGAUGACGUUCAUGUCUGCAUCAUGUGUUUACGUGCCAUCAUGAAUUACCAGUAUGGUUUCAACAUGGUCAUGUCUCAUCCACAUGCUGUUAAUGAGAUUGCACUAAGCUUAAACAACAAGAAUCCCAGAACAAAAGCCCUUGUCUUAGAACUGUUGGCAGCCGUUUGUCUUGUCAGAGGAGGGCACGAAAUCAUUUUAUCAGCUUUUGAUAACUUCAAGGAGGUUUGUGGAGAAAAACAGCGCUUCGAGAAGUUGAUGGAACAUUUCAGGAAUGAAGACAAUAACAUAGAUUUUAUGGUGGCCUCGAUGCAGUUUAUUAAUAUUGUAGUUCAUUCAGUAGAAGAUAUGAACUUCAGAGUUCACCUCCAAUAUGAAUUCACCAAAUUAGGCCUGGAUGAGUAUUUGGAUAAGCUGAAACACACAGAGAGUGACAAGCUGCAAGUACAGAUUCAGGCUUACCUGGACAAUGUGUUUGACGUAGGAGCUCUGCUGGAAGAUGCAGAAACCAAGAAUGCAGCCUUGGAGAGGGUGGAAGAACUGGAAGAAAACAUCUCUCAUUUAUCUGAGAAACUGCAAGACACAGAAAAUGAAGCCAUGUCUAAGAUUGUGGAACUGGAAAAGCAGCUCAUGCAGAGGAACAAGGAACUGGAUGUUGUGCGAGAAAUUUACAAAGAUGCAAAUACCCAAGUUCACACAUUAAGAAAAAUGGUUAAAGAAAAAGAAGAAGCCAUUCAAAGACAGUCUACCCUGGAAAAAAAGAUUCAUGAACUGGAGAAACAAGGGACCAUUAAAAUUCAGAAGAAAGGGGAUGGGGAUAUUGCUAUAUUGCCAGUUGUGGCUUCUGGCACAAUGUCCAUGGGGUCAGAUGCAGCACCGGGUAACUUUGUGGGACCAGUUUCAGGGGCUGCCUCCUCGGGACCCUUGCCUCCUCCUCCCCCGCCACUACCUCUAUCAUCAGACACACCUGAAGCAGUGCAAAAUGGCCCAGUAACACCACCUAUGCCUCCGCCUCCUCCGCCUCCACCUCCCCCACCUCCUCCUCCUCCCCCGCCCCCACCUCCUCCUCUCCCUGGUCCUGCAGCAGAGACUGUGCCAGCUCCUCCUCUGCCACCACCCCCUCCUCCCUCUGCACCCCCGCUGCCUGGAACAUCUUCACCCACAGUGGUUUUCAACUCAGGAUUAGCAGAUGGGCCAAUCAAGCUUUUCUCUGUGAAAAUUAAGAAACCAAUCAAGACAAAGUUCAGAAUGCCGGUGUUUAACUGGGUUGCUCUGAAGCCCAAUCAGAUCAAUGGCACAGUCUUCAAUGAAAUUGAUGAUGAGCGAAUUCUGGAGGAUUUAAAUGUAGAUGAAUUUGAGGAAAUAUUCAAGACAAAGGCACAAGGUCCUGCCAUUGAUCUUUCUUCAAGCAAGCAGAAGAUAACACAGAAGGGAUCAAACAAAGUGACAUUACUAGAAGCAAAUAGGGCCAAAAACCUUGCCAUAACUUUAAGGAAAGCUGGAAAGACUGCCGAUGAGAUAUGUAAAGCAAUUCAUGUAUUUGACUUGAAAACACUGCCUGUAGACUUUGUAGAGUGUUUGAUGAGGUUCUUGCCAACUGAGAAUGAGGUAAAAGUGCUUCGGCUCUAUGAACGGGAAAGGAAGCCCCUGGAGAACUUGUCGGAUGAAGACCGUUUCAUGAUGCAGUUCAGUAAGAUCGAGAGGCUCCUACAGAAGAUGACCAUCAUGGCCUUCAUUGGGAACUUUGCUGAAAGCAUUCAGAUGUUGACUCCUCAACUGCAUGCAAUUAUAGCAGCAUCUGUCUCUAUAAAGUCAUCGCAAAAACUCAAGAAAAUUCUGGAGAUCAUCCUGGCCCUUGGAAAUUAUAUGAAUAGCAGUAAACGAGGAGCAGUUUACGGAUUUAAACUUCAGAGUUUAGAUUUGCUCUUAGACACAAAGUCAACAGACCGAAAGCAAACGCUGUUGCACUAUAUAUCGAAUGUUGUAAAAGAAAAAUAUCACCAAGUGUCUCUAUUCUAUAAUGAGCUUCAUUAUGUGGAAAAAGCUGCUGCAGUCUCCCUGGAGAAUGUUCUGCUAGAUGUGAAGGAGCUGCAGAGGGGCAUGGAGUUGACCAAGAGGGAGUACACCAUGCACGACCACAACACACUACUGAAGGAGUUCAUUUUCCACAAUGAGGCGAAGCUGAAGAAGCUGCAGGAUGAUGCCAAGAUUGCACAGGACGCCUUUGAUGACGUGGUGAAGUAUUUUGGAGAAAACCCCAAGACAACACCACCAUCCGUCUUCUUUCCCGUCUUCGUCCGGUUUGUGAAAGCCUAUAAGCAAGCAGAAGAUGAAAAUGAACUGAGGAAAAAGCAGGAACAAGCUCUCAUGGAAAAACUGCUGGAGCAAGAAGCUCUGAUGGAGCAGCAGGACCCAAAGUCUCCUUCUCAUAAAUCAAAGAGGCAGCAGCAGGAGUUAAUUGCAGAGUUAAGACGACGACAAGUUAAAGAUAACAGACAUGUAUAUGAGGGAAAAGAUGGUGCCAUUGAAGACAUCAUCACAGUGCUGAAGACUGUGCCCUUUACUGCUCGCACCGCCAAGCGUGGCUCUCGGUUUUUCUGCGAACCUGUUCUCACUGAGGAGUACCAUUACUAAACUAUUACUCUUUCUCACCUGAUGUUCUUGAAAGAUCUUAGAAACCAGCCAUACCGAAGAGCCGAUGCGGUGAGGAGAAGUGUUAGAAGGCGCUUUGAUGAUCACAACUUGCGUUCUGUUAAUGGUGCCGAAAUAACGAUGUGAACCCAAGACCUGCCUGCAUGAAUAGAGGGUGUGCGUGAAUGAAACUGCCCAUGUAAAUUUCAUGUGCUACUAUUUAGCUGCAGCCUUGAACACAGAUAAAAUAAUUCCUAAGGGCUCAGAUUAGCAAAUACAUAGGAAUUUUAAAAUGAUGGGUUCUCUUUUCAACCCUUGUUAACAAGUGCCUAAAAAUGGAAGUACCUGCUCAGAUUAAUCAAAGCAAUAGGAUUUGAUUUGAUUAGGUAUCUUUUUACACUGGUAUGUUGUUCAGUUUUUUAACCAAAAUGUAAAUUUCAUAUUAAAUUCAUUAUUUGCCAUUGUGUUUAUGCCACGAUGGCCCACCCUGGUUUCCUGAUAAGUUGUAAAUAACAUGGAUGCAUCUGCUUGGGGCUUCCUUUGCUGAGAUGUCUUUUAAGGAAUUAAUUUUGUGUUACAGCUACAUCCAUCAACUUUGAGUUUUUAAGGACUUGCAACAUGGAAGAAGGAGUCACAUAAAGUCCUUCUAUCAUAAGCCCCAAUAAAGUGCAAACAAGAUCCAACUAUAGUGGCACAAGAAGUCACUCAACUCUGCCUCGUUUCACAUUCUACCACUUCUGUGCUAGAAUGCCAUAUACCCUGUGAGAGACGUUCACUGGUUUGAAAUCCAAGAUGAGGACAUAAAAUGUUGAAUAAGACUUAUUUGCAACACUGUGUUCUUAAGCUAGAGGCAGCUUUUUAAAUUAUGCAAAUAUAUUUAUUAAAUAACGCUAAAAUUAACAUCUCAGUAAUCAGUAGUAGGAUUUCUGAGGAUUUUUAUGGGUCAAUCCUGAGAAUAGAAAUUGGUGCCUUGCUAGUCAGGGAGAAGUCUACUAACUCUAUCAAUAAGCAUUCAAGAUUUUAUCUGUUAGCAGAGUAAAGUUAGGAACCUGGCCUUAUUCUCCUCUGACAAUCGCAGGGCUUUUCUUUCCUUUUGUAAAUUGUUCAUGUAUUUCCCAGUUAUGAGGAAUCAAAAUUAAGUUAUUGAAAAGUAUUACCAUUGGUAUUAAAUUUGAAUAAGUAAUGGGACUAAAUGGUCAACUAAGUCAUUGUUAUUUCCUUCCUCUCACGCAAGGCACUUGUUCCAUUCCAAAGUCAAAAACUGGACCGAAACAAAAUUUGUAUUUUUCAUAAUAUACAUUCUGCUUCUGGCUUACCUUCUUGGCACAUUACAUCAGUAUAUUAAUUGUAAAGUUUAUUGUAUAGUAUUUAACCACUGAUUUUAUUUUAUGUUGUGCUUAUGUGAACCCCUUGGUGAAGAUCCUUUUUCCUUGGAUAAUGUGUAGUUAUAUCUCUUUUUAAAUGUACAGAUAUUUUGCUAUAAAAUUGGUGCAGUUUUUUAUGGUUUUUACACUUCUCUUUAAUUCCCACCUAAGAUUCUGGGUAAUAUUGUAAAUAUUGUUUAAAAAUGCAUCAGCCUAUGCUAUACAAUCUGAAUGUUAUUUUAACUUAUAGUUCUUUUUUUAAUAUAUAUAUUUAACUACAAGGACAAUUUAGGGAUCAGUUACCACAUUUCACUUUAGUGUACCUAUUUACAGAUUAAACUGCCACCUGCUGGAGCAUUUCCACAUGUACUUUAAAAAGAACAUGCCAAGAUUUUGUCUUUGGGUUAAGUCAACUUUAAUUUUGAUGAAAAUUAGCAAAUUGACCAUGACAUGUAAGACCAAUAGUUGGACCUGCCACAAUGCAGCUAUUUCCCAAAGCUCAAAGCUGACAUGCAUAUUAAAAAAUAAUUGUCUAUUAAUGUACAAAUAGACAAUAAUGUUGGCAUGUUCUUUUCUGUGUCUAUUAAUGGGCCUGCAUCUUAGCAAUGUUAGAAAUGUUUUACAAAAGCAAUUCAUGUUACUUUUCUGGUCUUUCCAUGCCACGCAAGCAAAUAAAACUAUUUACACUACUA